AUGUCUCUCCGCGACUCGUCUUGCUAUACCCUCACCAUCUGCCCCCACUCGGCAGACCCGGCCGUCGUCGAGCUCGUCGAGUCCUUCGGCCCCACUAAAGGAGGCGAAGAGCCUAGAUACGCCAGGGUCAAGGAGGCCCAGGCAGGCGAGGGGUACUCGGCUGCACUCUAUGACAUCGUUACUGGUGCAAGGCUGGCAUCAGCUGGCUAUGUCGUGGAGAAAGCAAAGUCACGGCGGCUACAGCUACACGGACCAGACGAGACGAUACCCUUUCAUUUCAUAGGCAAGAUUAACUUCGAGUGGACGUUCGUCUUCCAAGGCAACAAAUACAGCUGGCGUAGGGAGCUAUACGGCAAGGACUACAUCUGCACACUCAACCGAAAACCUGACCCUUCAGUGGAGAUCUGCCUUGCCCGAGAAGCGUACAAACGGAAUCCGGCAAGGCUGCAGAUUCUACACUACAACAUUGACCGUUUCACAAGCGAUAUCAAGGAUGUGCGUGGGCUGGAAACGUUGCUGGUUACAAGUUUACUGUGCCUACUUGACGCAUGGGAAGACCGUGGUUCUCUGACGAAUGCCAAGAGCGGUCCAUCCCCUCCUAUCAAAGAAUCUACACCAGUGGACCCAGCGCUUGCCAAAGAAAACCCCAAUGAGAUUCUGGUAGGAACACAUACCAAUAUGGAUGACCAUGUUGCGCGUGCUGUCAAUUUGCUCGAGGAUCCAAACAUUCUCUUCAUCAUCAUCAGGACGAAAUCUUCCGACGCUCAUCAGAGAGCUCUCCAAGUUUCUCUUGGGGUCAAGCGCUUCCGGCACCGUGAAAAUAUGUCCGACUUGCACCAAUAUAUUAUUGAAGAGGAGGACACUGCCCAGCCCGUUUCUUCCAGCAAGGGACCGAAAGUGAUUGAUCUGAACGACCCCAAACCUGUUCCUCGGCCAACUUCCUCCAAAGUAUGGACCCCUCCCACACGUAUGGCCAUCUAUCUGUCCACUAUCGUCCUCCCCGAUCUCAACCCAAGUCGCAUGGCGUCUACAAGUAAAGAGUCCGCGGGUAAUUCGCGCAUCCAGUCGAACAAGAUGGGAGAGCAUGCGGGCAGGGCUCCCACAAAACCACCAAAACCUGGGCAUACACUACCAGGGUCCACAUUGAAGACGCCAACCCCGCCGCCACUGACUGAAGCAGACAGUGGUGGGUCGGGAUCUGGAUCCAAAUCGUCUUUGCGAAACUCUACCUUUGGCAAGUUGUUUCGGUAA